GAGCGCGUCUGGUGUGUUGAGCUGUCAAUCGAACCGAAAGUAAAAAGCCUUUAUAAACACACACACACACUCCACACACACUACCCAGUCUGAGCCUUGACCUCUAGGUGUUUAACUUCAGCAACAGCGGCUCUGUCUUACUGCAAACAUGGGCAACUAUUUCUCUCAGAUUUUCUCUCGUCUCUUUCCUAAAAAGCAGGUUAGGUUGCUUAUGGUUGGUCUGGAUGCAGCAGGGAAAACAACAGUCCUCUACAAACUCAAACUUGGCGAAGUUGUCACAACUAUUCCAACUAUUGGAUUUAAUGUUGAAACAGUUGAAUAUGAAAACAUCUCCUUCACUGUUUGGGAUGUCGGCGGUCAGACCAAAAUCAGAGGUCUUUGGAAAUAUUACUAUCAGUACACUGAAGGUCUGAUCUUUGUGGUGGACAGCAGUGAUCGUGACCGGAUUGAAACAGCAGCAGAGGAACUAAAGGCGAUGCUGGCGGAGGACGAGAUGAGAGACGCGGUUCUGUUAGUUCUUGCUAACAAACAGGAUUUACCCAAAGCCAUGCCGGUCCCGGAGCUGACAGACAAACUGGGUUUACACACACUGAGAGGACGACAGUGGUUUGUUCAGGCCACAUGUGCGGUUCAAGGGUCAGGUUUAUAUGAAGGACUGGAUUGGCUCUCGGAUCAACUGUCCAAACGAUAAAACACUUCAGCCUUCACACUACUUGAAUCAAUCACCUUUGAAUGUAUAGUCUCUUAUGUCUCCAGUUUCAUUUUUUAUAUUGAGAUAUUUAUGGGAUAUUAUUACAGUAUAUUUUUAGUUAUAAUUCUACUUCAGUACAUUCUGUGUUGUUAAUUUACCACUAUCAAGACCAUUUAAAUAUUAAAUAUUUUUGGUUUUAAUAUAUAUGUAUGCCUUCAUUUGCAUUUUUAAAUUCACACAAUUUAUAAAUUAUGCACUACUGCUGUACUAUUAUUUUAUUUAUCUACUACUGUCAUUUUACCAGUUUAAACGACAUGCUGUUUUUGUAUUUGUCACGUUUAAAUUAUUUGAAUGUGUUUUGCUGUAUUUGGACUAUGUGAAAAAACAAGCUGAUGUUUGCCUGAAAUAAAUGUAUCUGUGCCUUUCAAAUAUCUCCAAUAAAUGAUGCAAUUUUUUUUUUCA